GUUGUGGUGUUGGAUCUGUAAAUUAUAUUUUUUAUUACAGGAAAAUCAAAGGGUAGAUGGAAUAGUUGUAAUAUUUGAUUUAGAAAAAAUGGGAUUAAAACAUUUAUGGAAGCCAGGCGUUGACCUUUUUAAUAGUAUUUUAGCCAUUUUUGAAGAACAUUUUCCAGAAUCAUUAAAGAAAAGUUAUGUGAUAAAUGCACCAAGAAUAUUUCCAAUAGCUUUUAAUUUAGUUCGACCAUUUCUUAGUGAAGCAACUGUUAAAAAAGUACAUAUCCUAGGAACUAAUUAUAAAGCAGAAUUAUUAAAAGAUAUAGAUGCCGAUCAGUUACCUGUUUAUUGGGGUGGAACCAAGACAGAUCCAGAUGGAAAUAUCAGAUGUCCAUCUCAGAUCUGUCUGGGUGGAGAAAUACCACUGAAAUAUUAUAGUGAAGUUUUAUCGAAUCUCGAUGGUUUCACAGAAGUCGAUUUGGGACGUGGUUCUUCACUACAGUUAGAUUAUGAAAUAAAAGUACCUCAGAGUGUUAUACGAUGGCAGUUUAAAACAGACGGCUUUGAUAUAGGUUUUGGUAUUUUUAAACGAACAAAGAACAAGCGACAGAAAGCCGGUGCGAUGGAUGAAGUAGUAGCAUCAGAUCGUGUUAACAGUCAUCUUAUACCAGAAGAUGGCAGCACCACCUGUACUGAUGUAGGAACAUAUGUGAUAAGAUUUGAUAAUACGUACAGCUGGACUCGAGGAAAAACGUUAUUUUAUCUGAUAGAAGUUUUAGAACCCGACGUGACUGAUCUCGACAUCCAGACAGAUUAAAAAGAAGGAAAUUGACUCCUUGAUUUGGGUAACAAAACAAAAGGUUUCAAUUGAAUUAAUUUAUUAUUAUUGUACCAGUACAUUUUUAUAACCCAUAAUUUCCACGACUAAGUACUCACAUGCCCUUUACAAAAUAUGGUAGGCUACAGAUAUUAAAUAUACAAAUAAAAUAAAUAAACUAAAAUACAGAUAAUUAGCGCUGUAUGUGUGCAUAAUACAAUAAGUCAACAAAAAAAAAAAAUAAAUAAAACUAGUAAAUAAUCCAGACAACUAAGCGUUCAGAUCUCGCUCUGUCACUAAACAACUAAUUUCAAAUCAAUCUAAGAAAUGUGGCUAAAAAUGACCAUUUAUAUGAAAUACAAACAAUAACUCAAUCUGAUUAAAAUAUAGAUCUAUAUUUCGUUUUAUUUUAUUAUAUCUUUCGAUCACCCCUACUACAUGAAGAUCUGACCUGUUGUAGUGGGAGGUUGCGUCAGGGGUCAUGAGCGGCUUUUAACCUAUGACGUCAGAUGAUUAACCCAUCAGCGUUGAUGUUUCUAAUAGGAUACCCAGAGUUCUCUGCAUCGCAUGCCAAGAACUCGCUGCAAAAGACUGUUUCAUUAGCUAAUCCCUCGCAUCAACCAGAAAGCGGUUUAUAUAUCAACUCUUCCAGAUCCUAGUGUAGUAAAGACAAAUAAAACAAAAUUUUAAACUAUAAAAAACGAAACGAAAUAGGAUAUGUGUUUUAAUCAGAUUGAAAAUAACUGCUUGUUAUACAUACCUUAUAAAUAUAUUGCGUCAUUUGUUUUCACAAGCCUUGUCUUAUAGCCAAGAUUUACGUCGUAGACAAGUGUCUCCUGGGAAAAUCCUGCCGUGAAAUGAAAGACCAGUCUUAGUUUAAACAAUAUUUUAUUCAAUAAACUGAAUUGGAUUGAACAAUAUAAGUUCUCUCUAUACAAGUUCAGUCUUGAAAACGAUAAGAGGAGACUUACAUGUCUGUUUGAGUUGUUUAGUAACUGCAUGAGAAUAACACAUGAAACAAUUAUAUGGAAUACAAGUUACUUUGCUUGAUAAACAAGAGAGAACCCUCGUUGAAUUGCUGCCAGAAAUAAAUCUUUUAAAGAUACUUUCCCGCGUACAAACUGUGUUAUUUGAUGAUGAUAAGUCGGGCUGCCAGUUAGUGAUACCCUGACAUUUUUGCCCAGUGCUUGCCCCAUGGGUGUUUUUCGGAUAAUCUAGUAUUUUUCUGGUAAGAUUUCCAUAUAUACCAAAUUUGUCAUACUUUUAUUGGAAAUAACCAUGUGAUAAAUACUUUCGUGGGAAUGUAUCUUUAAUUAACUUGUAUCCCAUAGAAUUAUGACACAUGUUAUAUAAAUGUUUAAUUGUUGUAUUUUAUUAAGCUCGAUCUCUAAAUGGCAAUCAAAGAUUAUAAAAGCAUGGCUCCUAGAAAAAAACCAGGUACAAGAUUCUAAGUCAAAUACACACAGGGUGUCAUUCCGUGCAAAAAGCUCAUAAUGGGUACAUAAAAUAAAACUAUGUCAUUUUAUGAUUUUCUUUUGAAUUUAUGAAUUUUUAUGUAUUGUACAUCAAAGUGUUUUAUUCUCUUUUGGAAUCAUAAAUUAUAAUAUUUUAUACUUAAAAUGUUUUAUGAUAUUUUACUAACUACGUAUCUUUUAACGUCAUUUUAGUUUCAUAAAGAAAUUAUGUGUCCUUUUAUAGUGAAAACAACCGUACGUUAUCAUGAGAGAAUUCUAUGAACAUUGUCAGAUCUAUUUGACAAGGCCAAAUGCAUAUUUCCUCAAGGUCAUGAGAUGUGGGUUAGGGUAAGGCGUAGGACUAAGUCUUGGGUUAGGGUUAGGGUUAGCGCUAGCCCUGUUUACAUCUCAUAAUUAUGUAUUUGGCCUUGUCAUAUAGAUCUGACUGUUCUUUUACAGUAAAAACAACGAUAGGCUAUCUUAGUAUCUUAGUAAUGGGUCCACAGUGGAUAUAAAAAAAAAUUGUAAGAGAGUGGGGACUAGGGGUGGUGCUGGAAGAAGCAUUCGCUCCCCUUAGCUUAGCUCAAAACUCGCUGUACAUGCUUUGACAUGCACAGGUCGUAGGGUUUAGUAGCUCGCAGACCAGCCGAAAGAAACCGGGUGAAAAUUUUGUAUGUGGAGGACCAAAAGUCUCUACAGCCAGUCUGUGAUCUGCCGAACAAACGCAAGUCUCAUGCACGGGUUUACUGAAAUUUCCCCCGUAGACUACCCGUGGCAGCACGUACUGUGGGUUGUGAAUCUGGCUCCCUCCCCCUCCUAACAAAAAAACUACCCUUAUUUUGAAAACAUUGUUACAUGAAGGUGCAUGAUGAAAUAUCCUUGUGAAAAUGAGGCUUAAAUAAAUUGUAAGAAACGGUUAUUAUGAAAACAAAUCAUUGAAUGUCUCUGUUAAAGAUCACGGGAAAAGCUUCAUAAUUUUUUGAAAUAAAGCAAGAAAUUAUGUCAACAUAUUAUUCCAUAAGUAUAACAUGAUCCC